CACUGAACACUUCCUGGGGCUAGGCAGGAGUCUGGGUCUGAGCUGUGGGAAGUUUAGGACGGCUGCCUGGUGGGGAGGAACUAGAGGCCGCUGCCAGCCUGCCCGGCUGGAUGCUGGCACUGGGUCUGGCUUUCACACAGACACACACUCACACACACACACUUCCUUACUGAAGGCUGCACUUCCUACUGGCUCUCACCCCUGGCCCCAGACUCACAGGUUCUGCCUCCCAAGCUCUGCGCUGGCUCCGUGGGGAAAGUGGCAUGAGGGACGCACCGUCCACCCGCCUCCUGACCUUCUUCCUCCUCGGCCUCUUGUCCAAGGUUUGUGCCCAGCUGUGCCCCCACAUAUGCACCUGCCCCUGGCCACCACCCCAAUGCCCACUGGGAGUGCCCCUGGUGCUGGAUGGCUGCAACUGCUGCCAAGUGUGUGCCCGGCGGCUGGGGGAGCCCUGUGACCAUCGCCAUGUCUGUGACCCCAGCCAAGGCCUGGUCUGCCAGCGUGGUGUCGGCCCUGGAGGCCUGCGGGCCGUGUGCCUCUGGUCAGAAGAAGAUGAGGGCUGUGAGGUGAAUGGCCGCCAGUACCGGGAUGGGGACACCUUCCAGCCCCAUUGUGGGACCCUGUGCCACUGUGAGGAUGGCGGUGUCACCUGUGUGCCACUGUGCAGUGAGGACAUCCGGCUGCCUAGUGAAGACUGUCCUAACCCCAGGAGGGUUACACUCCCUGGCAGGUGCUGCCCAGAGUGGGUGUGCAACCAGAGUCUGGAGCUUAGGCUGCAACCCCUCACUGCCCCAGGAUCCCCGCUUUCCAGCCUCAUGGCACCCUUGUCCGCUGGAGGGCCCUGCCCAGAGUGGAGCACAGCGUGGGGCCCCUGCUCAGCCUCCUGUGGGCUGGGGGUGGCCACACGAGUGUCCAACCAGAACCGCUUCUGCAGGCUGGAGAGCCAGCACCGCCUGUGUUUGGCUGGGCCCUGCCCACCGCCCAUGAGCCUACAGUCCCAGACCACGGCCAUUUAG